AUGGUCUUAUUAAUAAAACUCCUUAUUAUUCAAUAUUUUUAUUACUAUAAAAGAUCAAAAAUGUCUUUAUGGAGUCUAAUCGUUUGGCUUGGGAUCUUCAAAGUGGUUUAUCAGCUCGGUAAAAUGAUUUACUCAAACUAUUUCUGCAAAAUCAACCUUGAGCAAUACAAGUACGGCUGGGUUGCAAUCACUGGUGGUUCAGAUGGGAUAGGCAAAGGUCUUGCAACUGAAUUCGCUUCUCGAGGCUUCAAAGUGCUACUAAUCUCAAGAAACCCCACAAAGCUAGCUGAAGUUUCCAAAGCAAUUUCAGCAGAAACUAAAAAUCCUGACAUAAAAUAUUCAUUUUCCCUAUAUUCCUCUAUUAAUUUUUCCUAUCUAAAUUUCUGGUCAAUCCAAGGCAAAAUCCUAUACCUAGCUGUCGAUUUCAAGUACUCUCACAGAGACCCUGAAAAUUUCUAUAAGCAAGUAGUCUCAGAUUUGGCUCCAUACAACAUCUCAGUCCUCAUCAACAACGUAGGAAUCGGCGGCGAGUCAAAAUUCCUAAUCAACCAAGACUUAGACAGCAUUGAAGAAAUGAUUGGAAUAAACAUCUACCCACAGACAAUGCUUUCCUAUCAUUUAAUCCCCGCUUUCUUAAAGCGACACCAAGAAACCCACCAAAGAAGCCUCAUAAUUAAUUUUUCUUCCACAGCUGAAGAAAUAGCGUUGCCAAGCAUAGCUUUAUAUGCAGCGACCAAGAGGUAUAACCAUUUCUUGAGUGAGGCUUUAAGGUAUGAAUAUUCCAAUUCAAUUGAUGUCGCUACUGUAAAGCCAGGCCCUGUCGCAACUCCUCUUGCAGGCAGCUUAGGGUUCGCUGACUUUGUUACAUGCUUGAAGGUGCAGACUUAUGUUAGGAGCUUGGUCAACAACCUGCAUACAGGAAUCAACUAUGGCCACUGGGCACAUAGCGUCCAAGCUUACUUCUCCACCUUAGUCCCAUAUCAGAUUAUGUCCCCGCUUAUGCAAUUAGCUAUGCCUUUACUAUUGAAACUCAAGGUUAUUAAGCUAUAA